AUGGAAAGUGUUAAAAAGCAGCUUGAGAAGCUUGAAAAUGAUGAAAAUGAGCUUACUAAAAUUCUUUCUGAGCAAGACAAAAUGAAGCUUCAACCUCAAUCACAGCAAGUUGAAGAGCACAAAAAGGAAAUUGAGACCCUUAAAACACAAAUUUUCCAACAAAGUUCCAAGCUUCAAGGUCAAAUUACAAGUGUAAUUUCCGCUGUUGAAAAGCAAAUUAAGUCACUUGAACCUAAGAAAAAUAAAGUUGAUAAGCUUCAAUCUCAAGUGAAUGAGCUUAAAAAGAAAAUUGAUGCUAAGCAAAAUCAUAAAGAUCAAAUUGAAAAGCAGCUUAAAGAAGCUGAAAAGGACCUUAAAGAAGCACAAAAUGAUUUCCCUGAAAAAGAGUCUAAAUCUCUUGACUCUCAUCAGGCUUCCAUGAAGUCUCUUGGGACACUGAAUGGGCUUUGUGGAUAUGCUAAGCAACUUGAAACAGUGUCAGCUAAUAAUCCACGUGAUUUACUUACUAACCUGUGCUCUGGCCUUGAGACCUUCCUAGGCUUCAACCCAUCAUCCAAAGGCUACGAUGGCACUGGCAUCGUGUACUCGGACCUUGACAGGCUGUGUGACGGGAUGAUGGCGUUCUUGCACGGGGUGUUGGAGAGUGUUAAGGAUGAUGAUAACGUUACAACAUAUAAUGAAUACAUUGAUGAAGAACAUAAAAUUGAUAAAGUUCUCUCCACUUUACAAUCUAAAAUUGGCUCCGGGCGUGGAGGCCUUUCGAAGUCUGUCACUAAGGUGAAGGAGUGGUUGGAGAGGUAUGAUAAGGAAGUUGCCAAGAAGACAAAAGCAGUGACUGGAGGAUUAUCUACACUUAUAGGUAAGUUAAAUAGUGACAGUUCAUCUGGUGCAGGUGGAAAUGAGUAUUACAAGGAAGUGGAGAAUCAAGAGAACUCUGGGCUCGGCACUCAACUAAUGGGUUGGACGUCGACCGUGCAGAAGAUUAAAUUUGAACUUAAUGACAUAGAAACACGUAAUAUUAAGACACUAGAUCCUACACUUAGCGCACAAAUAAUGAACAAAGUAGACCCGAUAACUAAGGUUGUCGAGCACUUGCAGAGUGUGGCAGGGAACGGUGACUUUGCCGCUAAGGUGAAGGCGGUUGAUAGUGAAAUCGAUGCGAAGGAAGCGCAUGUCAGAGACGAAAUAGAGAAGAAAUGUAAAGCUCUGCAACUCACGUUAAAGACAAAGUUUGAAGCCAUAAAUGCUGAUAUUGAUAAGAUUGGAGAAGAGCGUACCACCAAGUUGAAGGAGUUGCUAGAGUUGGUCGCGAAGUUGGAGACAAGCGUAAUCACUGCAGAUAAAGACGCCAACAAUCUAGUAACGAGAUACGAUUCUGAGAUUGCUCAGAAAUUGAACGAUAUAAAUGAGCAAGUCACACCACUUGACACCACCCCAAUUUCAAGUGGCCUAAAUACAGUGUUCACUGAAGUUGGUAAGCAGUUGGAGGCGCUUGAGGAAAAGUUGGUAGAGCUUGGCGGGCUUGGAAAUGCUGUGAGAAUUAAUUUGGGUACCGGGCUGGAAAAUAUUAAACUUGACUUACAACAGGCAAUUGAGACGCUCAAGCAAGAAAUAAAAAGGAACGUUAAAGCUUAUGUUGAGGGUGAGUUGCCUCGGAAAAUUAUAGAUAAAAUAUCAUCGUUUGCUGGUAAUAUUGCGCAUCAGGAUGGUAUAGACGGACAGUUAGAUGAAAUUGUCCAUAUUGCGAGGCAGUACGCUGAACAGUUCACCCAGGGGCGGAGGGAUAAUGGGCUUGAAAAAACACUGCAAAAAUGGAUGGAAGAUAUAUUGGAUGAUAAAGGUACGAUUAAGCAUAGGAUUGGGAAGUAUGUUAACGAUAAUAGUAACAAAGAUACUUUUAUACGGACAAUUAAGGAUGAGCUUACAAGAAGGAUUUCCGCAAACUUCCCAUCCUACCUGGCUGAAAGCAAUAACAUUAAACAAAUGAUUCUUGAUGCCCGAGAUGCUUGCAAUAAAUUCGCCACAACGCUUGCAAGAAAGCUGGAGAGUGGGAAGAUCACAACGUCCGGUGAUUCACAUCCGUUUGUUAAGGAGAUAGCCACAGCAAUUGACAAGGGAGUUUUGCAGAAAAAUACCGAAGAACGCGGUUACAAUCCAGAAUUUACUUUUCAAACUGCCAUCUAUAAUAUGCUUAAACAACUCCUUCCCAAAGUCACGAAAGCUGCGACGGAACUUGAAUGGUUCGCCGAAGAGGCAAAAAUUGGGAACGUGGAGGUAGCUAUCAGAGAGGUUAAGCAACUUGGUAAUAGGCUUGGAGAUGAAGUUAAAGCUGUAGACGACCCACACAAGCUUGGAAAUGCAAUCCAAUCUAAGGCCAGCGCUGAAGCCAUCAAGGGCGAUUUCAAAUCUCCACUGGAGAAACUGCUCACUUCUGCGGGGAGAAAGUCUCUUCAGAAGCAGAUUAGUGAUCUGAAGGAACUCACGGAAGCGGUUAACGACAAGGCCAAUAAUGAAAUUAAGCAGCGGGUUGAGUCACUAAAGAAGCGUGUUGCAGAGCUUAAGAGCAGUAUUACGAACAUUAGUGAACAAAUCAAUGCAUUUAACACGUCUCUUCGAACGGCCAUUGACACUGCCAAAGACACAGUUGAAUCAGCCCGUUACGCUCUGCAAAAGGAAAUCACUGACACGCAACUUCACCUCAACAACAAAGUCACUCAAGCCUUCAAGGCUGUUUACGACAAGGUAAAAGAGGUGUUCUGCGAGCAGCAUAAGGCGGACUUAAAGGCGUUGAAAGAUCUCGUAAACGAGCAAAACGCUGCGAUCACCGAGAUCAUUAGGAAGGAUAAGGAAAGCGGCGUGAAAGGUCUUUUGGAUAAGAUGAAUACGCAAAAAGGCGUGCUUGAUACUGUAAAAAACCAGAAUGAAUUAUUUUUCACGGCCAGUUACCUCGACUUAUUCCUCAUACCAGUUACCGAUUAUAUACAAAAUGAAGUAAAAACACAAGCAAAGGGAGACUAUAAAAUUACAAAAGAAAUCAAACUACUGUGCAUGGUUUUCAGAAAUAUUGUUAUUGGCAUUUCGGAGUCCAAACACUUCUCCCACGAAGUCUCCAACAGGCUCUCCAAGCUGUCCGAAAAAGUCAACGGACUGAAACCACUGGAAAUGCCGGACGCAGGACGGCCCGUGCUUGGGGCGCUGCAAAAGGGAAUGCAAAAAUUUGUCGAGGAGUUGCAGAUGCAGUACGUUAACAAGUACGAGGGGUGUCAGCCGAUCACUCAGUGGGUAACUCAGGACACUGACCAAAUCGCUGGGCAAAAUGGUAACCAAAUGGACACCCAAAACACAAAGUUGACGUCUGAUGGUGAGAAGUGCGCCAGCGUUCUCGUUACCAUCAUUGCGAAUAUCUAUGAGGACUUAAAGUUGUUGCGGGAUGGAUGUGCCAAGCAUGGUCCUUGUGAAAAGAAACGUGUUUACCUCUAUGAACCAUCGCCCAGGGAUGGAAAAAGAACGGAAAACAAACUAGGCGUGUGGUUAGACCACCAAGGAUUUACGGUGUCCAAGGAAAAAGGCUCCCAUGAAGGUGAAUUAAGGAAUAAAGACAUGUUCACCGGAAAUAAUAUUCUUACUCUGCUCGAAAAUAACAGCAUUAUUAGCCGGCCGUUCUCAGAUGAUGAGGCCUACCAAGGAGAUGUGGUCCAAUUAUAUGAGUAUUUCGCAGACUAUUUGCGAGUGUGUCAUCUUAAACUCCCUAAAUCCAACACGUAUCCAUCGACUGUCCGUGACAUGUUAUCGUGGAUGUCCGGUCUCCCAUACACCAGAGUAUCCGCCCAGAUUAAAAAGCAUUGUGAAAAGAUGCUUGAGGAGAAGGACAAUGCGACAGGCAAAUACCCUAACAAGGAGGACGCAGUAAUAAGUAAAAUCCUAACUACAGACUUAUAUUAUAGCCUCUCGUCUACAUGCCGAAUUUCUUAUCGACUCCUCAAAACAAUAUGCGGAAAUGGUCACGGCGCUGCCAACGCCGAUUACCCCUACGCUUGCAAUUUCGCGGACAAUUCCCGUGGUUUCCAUUAUCCAGAUAGCGUCUCUACUCUGAUCGAUGUGUUGAAAGAUAUGUGCUCACGUUUACUUCGAUCUCUCUACUUCUUACGCACACGAUGCUCAUACGACGCAUCUACGGCCAACGGCUGGCGUGAUUGCCGCUACGGCAAAGAUGUCUCCGCUUACCAGUUGCCGUGUAAAAACUCAUCCCACUCCGAUGCGGAAUGUGUCCCGAAAUCUCCUCUGCAGGCACACUUGACCGACAGCCUUCCCGGAAUGUUGCCGCACGCGGUAACGUCUGUUGGCUGUAAGUCAACUUGCAACACUUGUCCUAAGAUGUCCCCUGGCCAACCGUGUCUGACACCUAUGGGUUUCUGGGACUUGACAACUUCGGCGUCUAUAAACAAAAAGGGGCGUGACAUAUAUGUUGUGCUUUCCGAUUUCUGUAAAGAUGCAGAGUCUCCCCUCUGCGCUCUGCUGCGAUGUCUGCAAUUUGUGUCUCCAUCCCCACCUAGCAGUUUACCAGACAUGUUCUCCUUAUUCUGCAAUUUCUUCCAAUGGAGGAAAGUAGACAGUAGAACUGACCGUUUACGAUAUGGCCAAAAUGCCGAUUUUAUACAGCACUUGACCGAUGAGACCAUAGAGGCUGCGUUCCCACUGCACAAGUGGUAUCACGAAAAUUUCAGUAAUGCCAUUCUCACCAACGCACUGACUAAAUUAGAGAAAUCUGUCGACAAUCACAACAAUCCUCCUGCAGACGAUGCAGACCCCAAGACGCUGUCGAGCACCCAUUCGGACCUAUCGAGUAUUACCUUCCGUUCGAACUGCAAAAUCCCAGGCACAUGCGGUCAAUAUAUGCAGCCUCUGUGUGUCCAUGCCUAUCAUACAUAUUCUCAAAAACAGGCUGGACUUCACCUGUCAUGGUUCGUACACCUAGCAUGGAGAUUCUGGCAAUUGCUUGAUUGCUUCCUUAAGGCCAUCCAGAAUGCUCAAUGCAAAUCAUAUGGAUGCUCAUCCUGUAACUGCGGCAGCGGUAAGCACGGCGACAAAGAUGCCUGUAAGUGUGACUCGGUUGUAAAAUGUGGCAGCGUUGUAUCAACAUUCUAUCAAUACGGAUUCACAUUUGGAAGUGCGAAGACACUUGAAUCCACAAAGAAAUGUGGAAUGUUCAGUGCACAGCUUAAGAGAGUAGUAUAUUCUCAGCAAUUCCAUGAUUUAUUCGACGCAAUAGAUAACUUCAUCUGGGCCAUCCGUACACCCUUCUCCUACCUCUUAUUAGCCCUCUGGUCGCUGUCGCUCCUGUACCUGCUGCACAUCGCCGUCGUCCGCCUCGACGUGCUGAGGAUACGCUCGCACAUGCGCUCACCCUCAAGCCACCGCAUCGCCGCGCAGUCCCUCCUCGCCGCCGCACGCAUCAGCUCACUCGGCAACGUCAAGUACUUCUCACCAUAA